AUGCCACCAGGUCGAAAACGUACACCCACUGCUUCCAACGGCUCACCGCUUGCUGAGACUGCUGGGCCUUCUGGACACAGUCGUAGUCCAACAGGUCCCUCUCAUCCUUUGGCUCCUCCAACUUCACCUCUUGCAAUGUCAGGCACCCAUCAUCUCAAACGACCACCCCUCAAAGACCCGAUUUACGCAAAGGUUAAAGGUCUUUCAGAGAAUCAGCGGCUCUUCCUUGUACACAACUUUGAUAAAGUUAGCCAUAAGCCUACCAAGUUACAAUAUUAUGACUUCAUACGCCUAUUCAACCCCAAAACCAAAAGCCGCCCGAGUGAUAAAAAAGAGUCCCUCAAAGCAGCCUACAUUAAAGAGGUGCGACCCCUACUCAAAUCACAAAUCCUUCCGCCUGUUUCUACGACUAUGGAGACCAAUACCAAAGAUGUGGAUUUCGACCCCCUAGGCCGCAAGACCACCAAAAAAAUGCUCAUCGACGCCAUUGAGAAGAAGGACCCGUAUGCAAUGAUCCCAACUGGGGCGACUAUUGAUGAUGUGUUGGUUUUGUAUAAACACUAUGUAGACCCCCAGCUCAACCUUCCAGUGAAGACACGAUUCAACAAACGGCCUAGAACUAUCCCUAUGAGUCGUCUUAAGGGGGAAAGUAUGGAGGAUAUUCUACUAGCUCUCCGUUACGCUGCCCCUUGUGUGUUUGUAAGAUUGUUAUCUAUGAACAAGAGUACUCUCAUGGAUCUCUAUAUCAAGUUUGUCCAUGACAAAACCCCUAGCAGUACCCUUAUACUUGGAUUUCACUAUACCAUCUUGGACCUCUCGGCCUCUGAUUUUCCGGACUCAAUGGACCACCGCAAUGGACCACGAUUUGAGAUUCAAACCCACCAACCUCAUCAAGUCGUGUGUGUAUGUAAAGCAUAUGAAUGUGGUGAUCAAGAAUACCCAGACACCAAUGGCAUCUACCACCCGGGUGUUGAAGUCUUACCAGAGACUCGCGCGGCUCACCAAAGAGCCGAUCGUCGAAACAAUUUACUCGAACCCACCAAUAACAUAAGUCACUCAAUCCAAGGAUCCACUCCUUCCGCUCAGGACGACCUGCUUUUGACAUUAAAUCAACUUCAGAUAGGAUCACCUCCCUCUUCCAGUCAAGAUCAUCAGAUCCACCACGAAACUACUACUGAUAUUGAUGAGAACUGCCCUCAGGAACACAAUUCCCCCUCAACUCACAACCUAGAUUCAUUGUCAACUCACACAGCUCGACAGCCCACCGCAACAUCUCAGUCUCCAUCCAAAGAGUGCUCAAAGGCAGUCUUGGCAAAAGCGUCAGACCAUUUCCAUAGUUUUGAAAUGAGAUUGAUAAAUCCUCUGAUUCUUCAUGUUGCUCUUACCACGGCCAUUCUCGAUAUCUUUGGUAGAUCUUCAAAUUCAAUCACAACAUGGAUUCUUGAUGUACAGAGCAUCACAAUCAAAGUUUCAAGCACCUGGGGCAUAUUGCCCACCAAGUCUCAAGUCCAUCAACUUAUUCCCGAAGAGAUCAAAACUAUCAAUCAAAUUCCAGCAUCAGUCAGCACGGCAUUUGGAUGGUUGAGACUUGAUCCAAUGCUUACCUACAUGAAUUGCUGUAAUUCAUGCUUCACAAUGUAUCCGGAGACUCGCGUGCCAUCUCGAUGCCAUCAUUGUAUCUCAGCUAUACCCGGUGGCCCUCCUGAUUCUGUGAAUCCUGUCAAACCGGUCAAUCCAAACAAUCCAACCAAUGCUAUUCCGCCUUCUUCAAUGGCAGAUCUUGAGCCAGAUUUCUCAGAAAAGAUUUGUGGCGCGCCUCUCUUGAAGUAUGAAGAAAAAAUCGAACCCAUCAGUACUGCCGAACUUCUCAGGCUUGUAGCUGAGCACUCAGAGCCAAUACCAUACGAUCAAUCACCAGCUGAAAACCCUCAAAAGGCCGAGCUCGAAAUAACUUUCCUCAAACAGUUUUGCCGCGCUUCAAAUCUUCUAGCUCUCAUUGAAGAUGGAAAGCUACCAGAUGCUCUCAACCAGUAUACCUCAAGAAUCCAGGCUUUAUACAGGCCACUGGUUCGGCGAUCAAACAAACUAUCUCAUUCUAAGCUUUCACCCCUAUCUGAUACUGUCCUCAACCUAAUGAUCAAGUACUUGAAUGGUACAAAGAAUGAAGGCUGUAUUUGGCUUCGCCCCAAUGAUUGGGCUUUGCUUCCCACAAGUGAAUCAAUUGGCUACUCUCCUCUACAAGCUCAAGCACAAUUUCACAAAUGUGUCAAACACGGUGAUGGAUUUGUCUCAACUUUCACCAACAAUCCAGACAACUGUUGUAUACAUUUCAAGAACUCUGAAAAUACUGAUGGUUUUGCUUGA